GAGAGAGGGGGUCGGGGUUGAAAGUAUAGGUUGAUGAGUGAACUAGUGACUAGGACUAUAAAAGGCUGUGUCCACUGACCAAGAGAGAACAAGGACACCAAAGUCUGCUGUGCAACACAAGACAGACGAACAGAAGCAUCUUUUACAACUUGAGCCGGCUCAACAGAAUUCUCCUGACAAAAAAAAAAAAAAAAAAUCAAACAAAAAAACAACAACAACAAGGAAACCAGCAGGAUUUGAAACCCUGAUCAGAUCUGAGGUGGAGCUCAUCUGACCCCACCUGUUUCCGGGAAAAGUGAAAAUGCUCUGGAGAUUGACUCUUGCCGUGGCUGUGGUGUGCGUCGGUGGCAUAUGCAGCUGUGUGAAGGCUGAUGUAAUGAGCAGACUGAUCGUACCGAGGGACUACGGGGUGAAACUGUGCGGGAGAGAGUUCAUCAGAGCGGUCAUUUUCACCUGCGGAGGCUCCCGGUGGAAGCGAUCCACAGAGGGAGACGCAGACCCUUUCCAGUGGAGUUCUCUCAGCGAUGUUACAGUGGAAGACAACCAGCACACCUGGCAAAGUGGCGCAGAGCUCACAGAUAGCCGCUCUCCUCUCCACAUCGCCUCCUCUCACUCCCUGGCAGACCUCCUGGCUCUUUACGGGGCCAUAGGGGAGAGACAGCAGCAGUCCCUGAGUGACCUGGCCCCGCUGGAGAAGUCUCAGCCGUUCGCUGUUUUAGGCGAGCAAGACGCCAGACUGGCGGCAGCUGACCGACCCAUAUCGAGCAAGAAGAAGAGGAACUUUUCUCUGGGUGUGGCAGGGAUGUGCUGUAACCAGGGCUGUACCAAGAAUGACAUUGGACGCUUGUGUUGAGGCGGGAAGGAGGAGAGGGAGAAGGGAUGGGUGAUGGCAGAGGGGUCGUGACAUGAAGGCAGUGUGAUGGACAGUAGUAGACAGUUGUGGGAAGGUGUCGGAGGUAAAAGAGGGAGGCUAGCCACUUCACAUCUGCUGUUUAAUAGGCUAUAGUAAGUUAUUGCCAGUCAUGUCUGACUGCACACAUCACUCCAACCUCACAUCUCUCUGCCACAUUUUAUUUAUUCUUCUUACUUCAUAUUUUGUUUAAAAAAAAAAUCCUGUUCUGUGUGUACGUUGUUGCCCUUUCAGCAUCCUUGACAAUAAAUUUUAAAUACUGUGUUACUAUGAAAUACUGAGCAGUAUCAUGUGUUGUCUCCUGCACUUGUUUACAUGCGUGGAAAGGAUUUCGAGCGGUCAGCCGCGUCCGUAUUCCCGCCUGCAGAGCAUCUGACUAAACUACGUUCAUAUGUUCAACACAAGCCCAUAUCACACAUUAAUGUCAUUUAGGCUGCUGUGAACUUAUUGCUGCCCUGUGUUCACAACAUUACGCCUGAUGAUUUUCUGUC